AUGGCAGUGGUUCGAGAAAAAGAUGUGUGUUGGGAAUAUGCUGAGAAACUUGAUGGAAAUAAAGUUAGAUGCAAAUUUUGCCUUAGAGUUUUGAAUGGUGGGAUUAGUAGGUUAAAGCAUCAUCUAUCUCGUCUUCCAAGUAAAGGUGUAAAUCCGUGUAGUAAAGUUAGGGAUGAUGUUACUGAUAGGGUUAGAGCUAUUUUAUCAUCGAAAGAGGAGAUUAAAGAAACAUCUAGUGUUAAGAAGCAGAAGAUUGCUGAAGCUAGAUCUCCUGGAAAUAUAUCCACUUGUAGUAAAAUCAUUCCUUUAGAGGCAUCAUCUCCUGUGGCAAAAGUUUUCCCCGCUACCUCACCAAUUGCCCCUCCAUCAUUGAACAGCCAAGAAAAUGUGGAGAGAAGUAUCGCUUUGUUCUUUUUUGAGAAUAAGUUGGACUUUAGUGUAGCUCGUUCUUCAUCCUAUCAAGCAAUGAUUGAUGCAGUAGGAAAGUUUGGUCCUGGAUUUACAGGUCCAUCUGUUGAAACCUUGAAGACAAUGUGGUUGGAAAGGAUCAAGUCUGAAGUGUGUUUACAAUCAAAAGAUACAGAGAAAGAAUGGGCUACUACUGGCUGUACCAUCAUUGCAGACACUUGGACUGACAAUAAAUCUAGAGCUUUAAUAAACUUCCUAGUUUCAUCACCCUCAAGGACAUUUUUCCACAAGUCGGUUGAUGCCUCAUCAUAUUUUAAGAACACAAAAUGCCUUGCUGAUUUGUUUGAUUCUGUUAUUCAAGAUUUUGGCCCAGAAAAUGUUGUGCAAAUUAUUAUGGAUAGUAGUUUCAACUAUACUGGUAUUUCAAACCAUAUCUUGCAGAACUAUGGAACCAUUUUUGUGUCUCCUUGUGCUUCUCAAUGUUUGAAUCUAAUCUUGGAAGAAUUUUCUAAGGUAGAUUGGGUGAACAGAUGUAUCUUACAAGCACAAACAUUAUCCAAGUUUCUGUACAACAAUGCGUCAAUGCUUGAUUUGAUGAAGAAGUUUACUGGGGAACAGGAACUUAUAAGAACCGGAAUAACAAAGUCUGUUUCUAGCUUUCUAUCAUUGCAAUCAAUGUUGAAACAGAGGUCAAGAUUGAAGCAUAUGUUUAAUAGCCCUGAGUAUUCAACUAACUCCUCAUAUGCAAAUAAACCACAGAGCAUAUCUUGCAUUGGCAUUGUUGAGGAUAAUGACUUUUGGAGGGCAGUAGAUGAAUGUGUAGCUAUAUCUGAGCCUUUUCUGAAAGUGUUGAGGGAGGUAUCUGGAGGGAAACCUGCUGUUGGUUCUAUAUAUGAACUAAUGACCAGAGCCAAGGAAUCAAUAAGGACAUAUUAUAUAAUGGAUGAGGGUAAGUGUAAGACAUUUUUGGACAUAGUUGAUAGAAAGUGGCGGGACCAACUUCAUUCACCUCUACAUUCGGCUGGGGCAUUUUUAAAUCCUAGUAUCCAGUAUAAUCAAGAAAUAAAAUUUCUUGGAUCUAUAAAAGAAGACUUUUUUAAGGUUCUGGAGAAACUACUUCCCACUCCAGAGUUAAGACGUGACAUCACCAAUCAAAUUUUUACUUUUACAAGGGCAAAGGGGAUGUUUGCUUGUAAUCUAGCAAUGGAAGCACGAGAUACAGUUUCUCCUGGGCUCUGGUGGGAGCAAUUUGGCGACUCAGCUCCUGUGUUGCAACGGGUUGCAAUUAGAAUCCUCAGUCAAGUUUGCAGCACUUUUACCUUCGAGAGGCAUUGGAGCACAUUUCAACAAAUUCACUCUGAAAAGCGGAAUAAGAUUGACAAAGAAAUAUUGAAUGACCUCGUGUAUAUUAACUACAAUCUCAGGUUAGCAAGACAAAUGAGAACAAAGUCCGUAGAAGCUGACCCUAUUCAGUUCGACGACAUUGAUAUGACCUCAGAAUGGGUAGAGGAAAGUGAGAACCCAAGCCCGACACAGUGGCUUGAUCGGUUUGGUUCUGCUUUGGAUGGGGGUGACUUGAACACGAGACAGUUCAAUGCUGCCAUAUUUGGAAAUGACCAUAUAUUUGGCUUGUGACUGGGUUUGUGCAAGUCUCUGUACCGCCUUCUGUUGUUGAGUGAGAAUGCCCUGUAACUGUUCAUUGAUAAUCAGUUCCUGCUCUUCAGUUUAAAUUAUUGAAUUAUGUAGUAGCGGCUAUGUAUGAAUGGCACGCUUUGUAUAUACCAGCCGAUAUUGCUACAUGAAAAGAAGUUAAUAGGUGUGGUAAUGUUCUGAACUAAAAUCUGUUUCAAAUGAAAUUCAGCAGUCUGUAAUUAUAGAGUAA